GCCGACCUUUGGCACCUUGCAUCACCACAUCAGCCGACGUACCAUGUCCGAGUACGUCGCCCCCCUUCCGCAUGUGCGUGUGCCAUCAAGCGAUGUCUCCCACGUGUAGGGCGUAUAGCCAGCAGAAACUGCGAGAUGAGCAGGUAAAGGAGACGAUCAAUCAGAAGCUCAUCGAAUCUGGCGAGAAAGAACGGUUGAAGGAGAUCCUGCGUCAUAAGCUCAUCGAAUGCGGGUGGCGCGAUGAAAUGCGCAUGUAUUGCAAGGACCUCAUCAAGACAAAGGGUAUCGAUCAAAUCACGGUCGACGAUCUCGUGGAAGAAAUCACCCCGAAAGGAAGAUCAUCCGUGCCGGACUCCGUCAAGGCGGACAUGCUGGAGCGCAUUCGCCUCUUCUUGGAAUCCUCGUCGUAAUCUCUCCGUUAACAUUGUCAACUCCAUCCGUUAUCCUCGUGGCGAAUCUGCCACUGGGAUAUCCAGCGCGACAACAAACCGACAUAAUAAUGGCAUCGCCGACACGUCACUCUCGG